AUGAAUAGAUUCUUAUUCAAUUGUUUAUUAUUCAUUGGUUUACUUUUAAUAUACAAAUAUUCAUUCAUGUCUGCAGAUGGUAAGAAAGAAGAUAGUUUUGAAACUGGUGAGAAAAUCGAUGGGGAAUUAUAUGUUAAAUUAGGGGAUAAAAUGGUUCCUAUAUCAAGAAUUAACAAACCUCACGCCGUCGUUCACCCUGCUGAUCACCAUGCAAAUAUUGGUGCUAACAAAUUCCCCGAUGUUGAACCCGAACAAAAACAAAAAGAAGAUUUAAAAGAAUUUAGUCAACAGAUUUUAAAACCCGACACCAAUAAACCAAAGAUUGAUCCAAAUUCAUUUCCUGAUAUUGAACCAGAGGCUAAAGAAAGAGAAGCCAAAUUAGAGGCUGAAAGAGUUAAAAAAAGCGAAUAA